AUGUGCCAUAAAAUGCUGCCUGCAGCAUAACUACCUCCAUCAAUGUCACUCUUUCAAUCUUCGAUCCCAGCACAAACUCCAAUAAACUCUGAAAUUCCCCGCACUACAAAAUCUCUCAAUCAUUUCUCCGAAUUCUCUCGAAAGUCCCCACCUUUCUGAAUCAUCCUAAAUGGGUACUGCUCAAAGCCGCGAAGGUCAAGAUCUUACAGACUCUGAAUCAGAAUACCAAUCAGAAGAAGAAGAAGAAGAAGGUCAAUACGAUGACGCCGUUGAUCGUCAAGAAACACCGCAGAGCACGACAUCAACACCAUCAUCAAGAAAAGCACUUGAGGAGAUCGAUACAAAACUCAAAUCCCUAAAACUCAAAUACCCAUCUUCUGCUAAUUCUAAUUCCAAGAAUCCGCUUCCUAAUAACCCUGUCAAACUCUAUCUCCACAUUGGUGGUAAUACUCCUAAUGCUAAGUGGGUCCUCUCUGACAAACUCACUUCUUAUAAUUUCAUCAAAAGUUGUAAUGCUGAUGGUCCUGAUUCUGAUGAUGAUGAUGAUGAUCAAGAUAAUGAUUCCUUUUGGGUUUUGAAAGUUGGGUCUAAAGUUAGGGCUAAAGUCUCAACUGAGAUACAAUUGAAGAUGUUUGGAGAUCAAAAGCGUGUUGAUUUUGUUAAUAAAGGUGUUUGGGCUUUGAAAUUUUUCACUGAUGAGGAGUAUAGGAAGUUUAUCACUCAAUUUCAAGAUUGCAUCUUUGAGAAUGUUUAUGGGCUGGAAGCUACUGAAGAGAAUAAGAUUAAAAUUUACGGCAAAGAUUUUAUCGGUUGGGUUAAACCAGAAAUAGCUGAUGAUACCAUGUGGGAGGAUGCAAUGGAUGAUCAUGAGUCUGCAAAGACCACACCUUUGCGUGUGAAUCAGGAUUUGAUGGAGGAGUUUGAGGAGGCAGCUAAUGGGGGUGUUCAGAGCUUGACUUUAGGGGCCUUGGAUAAUAGUUUCUUGGUUAAUGAUUUGGGUGUUCAAGUUUUUAGGAAUUAUCAUAAGGGUAUUCAUGGGAAAGGCAUUUGUGUGAAUUUUGACAAGACAAGUGGGGGUAGUUUAAUGCAGUCGACACCGAAGAAGGCUAUGCUUAUGAGGGCAGAGACAAAUAUGAUGUUAAUGAGUCCGUUAAAGGAAGGGAAACCACAUUCUUCAGGGAUUAAGCAGCUUGACAUUGAGACAGGGAAGAUUGUCGCACAAUGGAAGUUUGGGAAAGAUGGUACUGAGAUUACAAUGAAGGAUAUAACAAACGAUACUAAAGGGUCUCAAUUGGAUCCUUCAGAGAGUACAUUUCUUGGUUUGGAUGAUAAUAGAUUGUGUCAAUGGGAUAUGAGGGAUAAGAGAGGAGUUGUGCAGAGUAUUGGUGAUGAUUCGCCUGUUUUAAAUUGGAGUCAGGGGCAUCAGUUCUCUAGAGGGACUAAUUUUCAAUGCUUUGCAAGUACAGGUGAUGGAUCGAUUGUUGUUGGAUCCCUUGAUGGUAAGAUUAGGUUGUAUUCUAGGACGUCUAUGAGGCAAGCUAAAACAGCUUUUCCUGGGCUUGGCUCGCCUAUUACUCAUGUGGAUGUUACAUAUGAUGGGAAGUGGAUAUUGGGGACAACUGACACAUACUUGAUCCUGAUUUGCACUCUGUUUACUGAUAAAGAUGGCAAAACUAAGACUGGAUUUAGUGGUCGUAUGGGUAAUAAGAUACCUGCUCCGAGAUUACUAAAGCUGAUUCCUCUGGAUUCCCACUUAGCCGGUGUGAAUAACAAAUUUCAUGGGGGUCAUUUCUCAUGGGUCACUGAGAAUGGUAAACAAGAAAGGCACUUGGUUGCCACAGUGGGCAAGUUCAGCGUCAUAUGGGACUUCCAGCAGGUGAAGAACAGUGCCCAUGAAUGCUACCGGAAUCAGCAAGGCCUCAAGAGCUGUUAUUGUUAUAAGAUUGUGUUGAAAGACGAGUCUAUUGUGGAAAGUCGUUUCAUGCAUGACAAUUAUGCUGUUAGCGGCUCCCCAGAAGCUCCGUUGGUGGUGGCAACCCCCAUGAAAGUCAGCUCUAUCAGCCUUUCUGGCAAGCGAUCACAUGCCUGAAACAUUUUUUUGUUAAUGAUGUACAAAUUGUUUUCUGUUUGUGCAGUUUGCUUCAGUUGUUUUCGAUUUAGUCUUUCUGUGUUUGAUCCAGGUUUUUGCUUGUAUUUAGUGGGAGUCUUUGACCUAAUGCAUCCCUAUGAGGAUUGAAGGAUUGCUUUUGUUUUUCAGUGUGUCCUUCUAGGCUACAAGAAAUUUUGCAAAAGCAUCUAAUAAUAUUUAUAACGUCUUGAACUUGUAAUCUGCAAAAACAUUAGGUGCAUUAAUGACUGUCAGCUAUUCUCUUCAAA